AUGAAGGUCAUGGAGAUGCACAGAAGCAGCGCCAGAGCCGCUAGGGUCGCCAUUCCCACCGGCGCCGCCAAGUUGAGCGCUUCGUAUCGUCGUCUCCUGCGCGCAUCCGUCCACUUCUUCGUUUCCCAGCUUUUGGCCCAGCUGGGUCUGUACAAGAGCAAGGAGGAGGCCGCCAGGCAAGAAGAGGUGCUGGGGAAGCUUGACAAGAUUGUGAAAGAGUGGGUUAAGGAGUUGGCUAUUCAGAGAGGCCAAGUCAACGCAAAUGUCGUGCUUUUCACCUUCAGGUCAUACCAUCUAGGG